UGCUGUUGGCAGGAGUGACCAGAACAAAAACAGCAACACCAGACAGGGGAGGAAAAAAAGCAAAGUGAUCCAUUGAACCAUUGAGUCUUUGCCCUCUCCUAAUUACGUAGAGUCUCGUAUCUUUUCCCUUUUUUUCACCUUUUUCCUCACACUGCAUGACUUUGGGCUCAGGGUAAUUAGCUUGAAGAGAAUAAAACCAGCUGAUCGGGAGAGCGGUGGUGCAUUUUGAAGCGAGAUGGCUAACAGAAACACUCUGUUGCUCUUCUGUGGACUCUUCCUCUUAGCACUGCUUCAGCCCUCUCUUCAAGGAGGUGUCUAUGUGCCACCUGGUGCUGGGAUCGGGCCAGGAGGAGCUGGAACAGGAACUGGAUUCUUUCCAGGUGCUGCUGGAGGAGUCCCCGCAGGCUACAAACCGGCUAAAGCUGCAGGAGGUUAUGGAGGCGGUGGAGGCCAAGGUUUGGUUCCAGGUGGUUUGGUGCCAGGCGGUGUUGGUCCCGGUGGUUUGGGCAUUGCAGGACAAGGUGGAAAGGCCCCUAAACCAGGUUAUGGCAACUUAGGAGGCGUUGGUGUUCGAGGUGUCGGGCAGGGAGGAGGUGUUUACGGUGGAUAUGGUGGUGGCGCUGGAGGCUUUUUCCCAGGAGUUGGACAGAAGGCUGCCAAGCGAGGUGCAGGGGGCCAUCUGCUACCACAGGGAGGUACUGGAGGAACUGUGCUGGGGGCAGGAGGAGUUCCCGGUGGCACAGGACCUGGAGCUGCUUUACCAGCUGGAGUGCCUGUUAUUCCUCAGACUGGCCUUCCAGGAGGAGGUGCUGGUGGUGCCGCGGGAAAGAAAGCGUCCAAAGUGCCAGGUGUGGGUGUGCCUGGACUUUACCAAGGUGGACUGGUGCCAGGACAAGGGUUUGGUGGACGUGGCGUUCUGCCCGGGGUGCCAACCGGCACUGACCUGAAUCCUAAAUCCAUUGGAGGUGGAGGACAAGGCGGCGGUCAAGGACCAGGAAGCCGUGGUUACGGUGGACAGAUGCAGCCAGGGGUUUUCCAUGGAUACCCCCUAAAAUCACCCAAAACACAAGGUGCCUAUGGAGCAAAACAAGGAGGCGGAACUCUUCCCUUUGGUUAUGGGGGCUUUGGUGCCGGUGGAGCUGGACUGCCAGGAGGACUAGGGGUUUCACAGCCUGGAUAUCCAGUUGGAACUGGAGUGGGACCAGGGGGGAUAUCACCUGCUCAGGCUAAAGCUGCCAAAUAUGGUUUGGGUGGUGUCGGAGGCGUUGGCGGCAUAGGAGGUGUCGGAGGUGUUGGAGGUGUUGGUGGUGUUGGUGGUGUUGGAGGUGUUGGAGGUGUUGGAGGUGGUGGACUGUAUCCAGGUCAAGUGCCAGGAGGAUAUGGAGCUGCAUCCAAAGCUGCUAAAUAUGGUGUACCUGGUGGAGUUCCUGGUGGUGUUCCUGGUGGAUUUCCUGGUGGCGUUCCUGGUGGAUUUCCAGGUGGAGUUCCUGGUGGCGUUCCUGGUGGGGUACCAGGAGGGAUACCACUUUGGGUACCAGGUGGAGGACAAGGAGCUGCACCCAUUGGAAGAUUUCCAGUUGGAUAUUCACCAGCAGACAAAGCUGCCAAAUAUGGAGCCGGAGGACAACUCGGAGCCGGAGGACAACUCGGAGCUGGAGGACAACUAGGAGCAGGGGGACUAGGAACAGGGGGACAAUUUGGAGCAGGAGGACAACUAGGGACAGGGGGAUACUCUGCUGCUGCCAAAGCUGCUAAAUAUGGGAUAGGACAACUUGGAGCCGGAGGACAACUUGGAGCCGGAGGACAACUUGGAGCCGGAGGACAACUUGGAGCCGGAGGACAACUAGGAGCCGGGGGACAACUAGGAGCAGGGGGACAAGGAACAGGAGGACAACUAGGAACUGGGGGAUACUCUCCUGCUGCCAAAGCUGCUAAAUAUGGUAUUAUGGGACAACUAGGAGCAGGGGGACUAGGAACAGGAGGACAACUAGGAGCAGGAGGAUACUCUCCUGCUGCCAAAGCUGCUAAAUAUGGUAUUGGCAGACAACUAGGAGCAGGAGGACAACUAGGAGCAGGAGGACAAUUAGGAGCAGGAGGACAAUUAGGAGCAGGAGGACAAUUAGGAGCAGGAGGACAACUAGGAGCAGGAGGACAAUUAGGAACAGGGGGAUAUAUCCUUACUAGCAAAUUAGCUAAAUAUGGAAUAGGGGGACUUGGAGGAGGGCUGGGAGGAGCAGGAGGACAACUUGCCGCUGCUGCUGCUGCGGCUAAAGCUGCUAAAUAUGGACAAGGAGCUGGAGGAGGAACAGGUCUUGGAGGAACAGGUCUUGGAGGAACAGGUCUUGGAGGGACAGGACUAGGAGGAACAGGACUUGGAAGGACAGGACUAGGAGGAACAGGACUGGGAGGCGGAUACUCUGCUGCUGCUAAAGCUGCUAAAUACGGUCCAGGUGGGGGUGCUGGUGGAGUUGGAGGAGUCAUUCCUGGAGUCCCACUUUUACCAGGAUAUGGAUCUUUGGCAGGUGGUGCUAAACCUCCCAAGUAUGGAGUUCAAGGAGGAGCAGGACAGCUUGUACCCGGGUUGGGCGGCUAUGGUGGUUACGGAGCUGGUGCCGGAGUCAAACCCGAAAAGUAUGGUGUUUCGGGGGGAGCUGGUCCAGGGUUGGGAGCUGGAGGAACUGGGUUAGGAGGAACAGGAGGAGCAAUAGGAGCAGAUGGACAAUACUCUGCUGCUGCAAAAGCUGCUAAAUAUGGAGGCAUCACUGGAGUAGGACUCGCCGUUCCAGGACCAACUCCAGAUACAACUAUCAGAGUUGUUCCAGAUGGUUCUGCUGUUUUGGUACCAGGCAGUACAGGUGUUCCUCUAAAACCAGCAAAGGAGUUUAUCCCGGCUGGAACUGCUGCACCAGAGCUCACGCCUAUUUCUGCUACUGGCAAGGCCCCAGAGGUCCCGCAGCCCAGCGUUUCUGGUGGAAUUAUUCAGCCUGGUGGUGGCACAAGUGUUGGUGGAGCAGGCGUUGGAGGACCUACUGUUGUGGGCACAGGCACAGGCCAAGGCCAGCCGGCUGUACCUGUCCAACAGCCUGCAGGUGUUCCUCUUGGCACAGGCGUCAAGGGUCCUAAACCAUUUUUACCAGGAGCUGGAGCUGGUUAUCCCUAUGGUGGAACAUAUGGAGUUCCUUAUGGUGCCGGGACCAACACUGGAGCUGGAACUGGGUUUGGACCUGGACCCGGAACUGGAUUUGGACCUGGAACUGGAACUGGAACUGGGUUUGGACCUGGAGCUGGAACUGGGUUUGGGCCAGGAGCUGGAACUGGGUUUGGGCCUGGAGCUGGAGCAGGAACAGUACCACUGUCUGGAGCAAAGCCUCCUAAACUUCCAGUGGGUGGAGCAGGAGGACGAGUUGGAAUUCCACUGGCAGCAGGGGGUUAUCAAGGCGGAUACAAUCCAUAUCUUCAAGGUUAUGGGCAGGGUGGGUUGACGUAUCCCGCUGCAGGCGGACUAGGAGGUGCAGGUGCUGGAGCUAAAGCACCUAAACCAGGCUACGGCAAUCUUGGAGGCGGUGCUGCUGGUGGUGGUGGUGGUGUAUAUCAGCCAGGUUUGGUCCCUGUAUCUCCUGGUUUUGGAGGCGCUUACCCCCAGCAGUUCUACCAAGGCGUAUAUGUUCCAGCCCCGCUGACUCCUCAGCAAGCCAAAGCAGCCAAGUACGGGGCACUGCAGGGCUUCCUCGGUGGUGCAGGAGGUGGUGGAGGAGGCGGAGGAGGCGUCUUCAGAGGUGGAGUUGCAGGAUGCCAGGGCAAAUACUGCGGGAGGAGGAAGUAGAAGCUCUCCAGUGAUCCAGUGUGACCUCACAAAACUAUGGUGCUACUGCAUGAUUGAGAAUGUACAUUUUACAUGCAAACAAACCCCCAUUAGACAAUGUGCAAAGAUCUUUUUGUUACUGACUUGACUUCCAUGUCUGGUUUUAAACAAACCCACCGACCCAGAGUUUUGUACACGUUCCGAUGUGACGUAUGUUAUUGAUAGUUGCUUUAAUCAAUUAUGAGGUCAAGUUAAUCCGCUUUAACUCCCUGUACUGCACCAGCCUACUUAAAAUACAGUGUUUUUGUGUCACCGUGUCAGUGUGUGUGUGUGUAAGAUGUGUAAGAGGUAUGUGUGUUUCUUGUUUCGGCAUUUGGUUUGUACUGUUGUGUGAAAGACUGUCUGAAUCGCUGCCUGCCGAUGUGACCUACAAAUAACUCCAGGUUCAUGUUAAAGCACGGUGAUCUGUCCUCAGUGUUAGAGCCACACUGUCGCACCUCGCUGUGCAUAUCUCCUCUUUUUGACAUAUCACAGAGGCUGGGUUGGUCGCGGCUUGUCCAAAAAACUGAUGAAAUCUGGCCAAUCUCAGCAUCGGUUCUGGCUCCCUGUCCGCUCUGCUGCUAUUUUUAGGCCUGCUGGGUAAAAAGCAGCGGGAACACAGGGCUUUCGGCCAACCCAUCUGCUCUCAGUAACUUUGCUGAAUCUCGUUGCUAUGCAGUUCAGUUUUCUCAGCAUUUUCUUUGUUGCCAAACUUGUGAUGUAUGAAGAGCAGCCCCUGCUCUGAGGACAGGUGUGCUCAAGACAAUAAAAAUAACAGUUUAAUUCAUCACAGGAGGAUUUUUUUUUUUAAAUAAAAAUACAAAAAGCAGUUUUGCCUUUAAGAUCCAAACACAGCAGAAUAUCAUUAUCUGGUAUGUACAUUAUGUAUGUAUGAAUGUGUCACUGUCCUCGAUGGGAUGGCGUGCUUUACUCCGCUUCACAUUUUUAGUCUCAUCGCAGCACUUAUUUACAUUUAUGUAACUUGUCAUAACAUGAAUAUUCAAGUUUUUAUUUUAUUUUGCACCAUGUUUUGACUCAUAGCUUUAUUGUUAUCAGGAGUGUGUGAACAUUAAAACAAGAACAAUUCUUUGCUUUUGCGUUUAUUUACUGUCAUAAAUUGUAAUGCGGUGUGUGAGGCAUAAGCUCCCAUUGUCUUUUCAUUUACUUGAGCUGCUUUUAAAAAACAAGGCUUUACUGACCAAAGGUUUGUUAGCGCUGUUGCCAAGUGACCCCACAUUUCUUCUCUGUAACUGUGUACUGUAUUUUGUACUAAUUUGAUGUAAACCGGCUGCAGUUCCAUCACUCGGUGCUGUGUAAGAACUGUCUUUGAGCCUCGCUGGGUCAGACCCUGUCUUAUGUGCCUUGGGAUACUCUUCAUCUUUAUUUAAAACUGUUUUUAUAAGGAGGAACAGUGUGGUUUUGCACUUUUUAUAUUUCCAUGACACACAUGUGACUUGUUCCUGGACAUCCCAGCAUUUUAUUUGCUUUAAUAAAUAACAAAAUAAAAUGUGUUAAAAGAU